AUUCAUUCCCUUCUCUCUUUCCUUUUUUUCUUUUUUCUUUCAAUUCUCCUCAGCUUUCUAAUUAUUAAUUAUUCCAUCUUCAAUUUGCCGGCUGCUGCAAGCACUCAUCCACUAUCUGAUCUUUGGAAUGAGAUCAGAUGAUCUAAGUUUAUUUAUUUUCAAUUCUCCUCCAAUCCACACACCCCAUAAGAUAGAUAGCUAAAAUGCAGACUGCAAUUAGUUCAGUGAAAGAAGAAUUUCUGAAGAAAUGGAUAAAAGGUCUCCAAACGUACGACGCUUGCAAGAGGGAAAUGAGCGUAACGGAGAGGAAGAACGCCAUAAAGCUAUCGGCGGAUAUAGCCAUGGCCUCCACCACCACCACCACCACUAAACAGUGUCCGCCGGCGAUUUGGCGACGCUCAGUAAUGGCGGCGAUGAAAUCCAAACACGCGGCGGCGGAGAUGAAUUGGAAGAAAAGCCGCCGCAUGCGCAGGAGAUGUUUGAUGAAACGCAUUCGUCGUGGAAAGCGUAAGGCUUCAAAUUCAAAGUAUAAAGCGGCGGCGAGUUGCAGUGCAAAGAGACUGGUGAAGAAGAGAAGCGCAGUUCUGAAAGGACUUAUUCCGGGAGGAGAAUGCAUGGAAGAUGAUAACACUUUGAUCAAAGAAACCCUAGAUUACAUACUCGCCCUGCGACUUCAAGUUGACGUUAUGCGCCACCUUGCCUCUGCCUCUUCCUCCUCGUAGUACCAUAAUGUUUUUCUUAAAUUUAUUCUUCAUUUUUUCCCUUAAUUUCUUUCCAUGUUCAGUUCAGUUCAGUUCUUCCUUCAAUUCUGGUAUGAUAUAUAUGAUGCUACUCCAUAGAUCCAUUAUUGAAUUAUUAAACUCCCUGAAAUUUCA